AUGGCUGUUUCAGAUAUGCUGAAUCGCAGAGUGCGUGCUCGUCCUGAUGACGAGGAGGUCUACUCAGAGGCCUCGGGCUCCGACGACGAUGUUUCACAGGAGGGCAUUGAGCCCGACUCCGACGACAUCCAAUCAGAGCAGUCAGAUGACUCCGAAGCCGAAGGCAGAAACCUCUCAGGCUCCGCCUCCGACAACGAAGAAUCAGACGAAGCCUCAGACUCAGACUCCGACGGUGACAACGGCGAAGACUUCAAAUCCAGCCUAGCCAACAUCUCCUUCGGCGCCCUAGCCAAAGCUCAAGCCUCAAUGAGCAAAAACAAGCGCAAAGACAGACAAACCUCAAACCCAGAAUCCACAAAUGCAACAAGCACUCUAGACGACAUCCGUACCAAACUCCGCGAAGCACGCGAACUCAAAGCGUCCGCUCUUACGAAAAAAGAAAAAGAACGCGAAGCCAAAGAAAAGAAACGAGCCUCCAAGCACGCGCCGAUGGAACAAUCCUCCAAACGCGCCGUAACCCGCAGACGAACAGCAGUGGAACUACCCCCAGCGCCCAAAGCCCGAGACCCGCGCUUCGACGCAGCAGUCAUGGGCCACAGCGGCGCAGGCAAACACCCAUCCGGCGGAAAAGCCUACGCAUUUCUAGACGAGUACCGAGCCUCAGAAUUGAAAGAGCUGAAAGAACAACUCUCCAAAACGAAGAACGCUGAGCAGAAGGAGGUACUCAAGCAGCAGAUCCGGUCUGCGCAGGACAGGAUGCGCGCUGCGGCGAAUAAGAAGCGCGAGACGGAUGUGCAGGCUGAGCAUAAGAAGCGGGAGAAGCAGAUGAUUCGCGAGGGGAAGAAGGCUACGCCUUAUUAUCUUAAGAAAUCUGAUUUGAAGAAGCAGGUUCUCGAGAAGAAGUUUGGUGAGAUGGGGAGUCGGGAGAGAGGGAAAGCGCUUGAGCGGAGGAGGAAGAAGAUGGCUAGUAAGGAGAGGAAGGAGAUGCCUUGGGAACGGAGGGGAUUUGGGGAGGAGGAUGGGGGUAUGCCUAAUGGGGGGAAGAGGAGGAGGUUGGAGUAG